UCUUAAACAAGUUGAACAAACUACUAGCCUGUUCCCUCAAAAACAAACUGCGCCACGAAUCUCCUUCCCUCUCUGAGAAUUGCAUCUUUAGAGUCCCUAGAACACUCAGACAACACAAUGAGAGCAUUUAUGAGCCCAAAAUAGUCUCCAUUGGCCCUUAUCACCGCGGCAAAGACAGACUUGCACCGAUGGAGAACAUAAAACUAUGGUACUUGGACACCCUCCUAGCCCGGUUACCCCUUCCUCCAGAAGAAACCUUGCAACAAUUAAUAGAAUGCAUUCGCGAACUAGCGAAAAGAACAAUCAACUGUUAUGCAGAAAGGGUUGACAUGAGUGAAGAUGAGCUCGUGGAAAUGAUGAUCGUCGAUGGAUGCUUUUUACUAGAGCUUUUUAGAAGAGACGUGUGGUUAGUCCCUCGAGACAAUGACGAUCCUGUAUUCAACACAUCCUGGAUGCAUGAAAAUCUCUACCAUGACUUGAUUUUGCUCGAAAAUCAGAUUCCUUGGUUUGUUUUGCACUGUCUGUUUCAUCUAACCUUGUCAGUUCAUGAACAAGAAACAAGUUUCCUAAUCAAGCUUGUCCUAAAAUUCUUCGAAACAACGAUGCUGAUGACAGUUCCAGCAGAGUUCAAAUCCAGAGGCCACGAAAUCAAGCAUAUUUUGGACUUAAUCCGGGGUAGUUUGCUGUCAUCGUCUGAAAAUACCGAACCAACAAAUACAAGCUGGGAACUUUUCCCUCCGGUAACAGAACUCCUACGGGCCGGAGUCCAAUUCAAGAAGGGUCCUCCCGACGACCUACUGAACAUCAAGUUUCGCAAUGGCAUGUUUGAAAUCCCACCAAUAAAGAUCCGGGGAAACUCUGAAUCCCUUUUUCGGAACCUCAUAGCGUACGAGCAGUGUGAUCGCCAGUGCACCGACAAAUUCACAUCCUAUGCAGUGUUCUUGGACUGCCUAAUCAACACAAGCCAAGAUGCAGAUUUGCUCUGUGACAAGAGAAUUGUAGUGCUUGCUUUGAGCACUGAAGAUGUGUCCAUUCUCUUCAAUGGACUCUACAGUGACAUUCUUGUCUAUGAUUUUUACUAUGGUGGUGUGUCUAUGGAGGUGAAUCAAUAUUACAGGUCUCAGUGGCCUAGGUGGAGAGCAAUUCUCAAACGUGAUUACUUUAACAAUCCAUGGUCUAUUGCUUCUUUUAUUGCUGCUAUUGUAAUGCUUGUUUUUACUUUUUUACAGACCCUUUUUACCAUUCUGUCUUGCCUGAAAAACAUCUCUUACUAGCAGAUCAUUCUCAUCAAUAUUGUGAUUUUUCAAUAUAUGUAAUAAUUGCAAUGCUUGUUAUUGUGUCAUAUUGUUCUUCCUUGUCAUUGUGGUUGCAAGAAAAACUGGUAGAACCAAUGGAUAAGUGAUUAAUACUACACAUUUUGUAAUAAAGGUUAGGAAAAGGAAGGUAUUUAUAGUGC